GUGUCUGCCGCUAUCCGGACAUCCUGCGACGGCGUCGACGGCGUCCAGCAGGAGGUCGCAGCCAGGCUGGCCAUGGUGGAGCCAGCCCUCACGGAGCUGGUUAAGGCGGGACCCACAGGGGAGGCCGAGAUCAGCGGGGACAUGACGGCCAUGCGCAACGCCGGCCUACACGUAGACAUGGGCUGCGGCGCAGAUGACCUCCCGCAGACGGGCCGCGAGGCCAAGCGGAGGCAGCGCGGCGGCCGCAAGGCCAAGGAGAGCCUCAAGGUUGACGGGUCGCAGUGCUACAGGGGCGCCGAUGCGGGCCCCGCCCCCCCCAGCGAGCACAAGGUCAAGGGCGGCGCCGGUGGGGAGGGGUGGGGGCCGCGGCCCGAGGAAGCAGACCUGUCGGAGACGGUGGACGACAUGACGGAUCUGGCGAGCGAGACCGUGAGCUCGUCGGAGAUCGGCAUGGCGCUGGAGGAGCAUGUCAAGUGCGCCUCCGACUGCAAGACCAUAGACACUAAGGGGAUGGUGUCGGUCAUGAGCUACGGGGGCGCGCUGGACGAAGUGGACGACACGCAGUACUUGCCGAAGCCUGUGGCGGGGCAGAUCGGGGAGGAGACGCUGGAGGACAUCGACCUCGUCCCCAGCGGCACGGCCACCGAGGGGAAAGUGCUGGUCGCCGACAUCAGCAACGGAGACACCGAGGGCGAGGAUGACCUGGGCCUUCGCAAAGCCAAGCACGAGUGGGAGCUGCAGAGGGCGUCGGUCUUCGCUGGCGUCUCGAACGAGGAGCUGUACGAGAAGUUCCUCGACUGGAGGGACCAGCACAAGUCCAUCAAGAUGGAAGAGCUGGUCAAAAGCGGCCUCGCACUCGCGGAGUUCUCUCGGAAGCUCAAGGAGUGGGAGGACAACUUCAAGGUGAAG